GCGCGCACUCGCCUGCUUCAGACGUGCAUACCGCGCGUACUGCUCGCGUGCCGCUACCUGCGCGCACUCGCCUGCUUCAGACGUGCAUACUGCGCGUACUGCUUGCCUGCCGCUGGCUGCGCGAGCUCGCCUGUUUCUGGCGUGCAUACUGCACGUACUGCUCGCGUGCCGCUGGCUGCGCGUGCUCAUCUACUUCUGGCGUGCAUACUGCGCGUACUGCUCGCGUGCCGCUACCUGCGCGCGCUCGCCUGCUUCAGACGUGCAUACCGCACGUGCUGCUUAUGUGCACACUGCACGUGAUGCUCGCGAACCGCCGACUUCACGGGCCAUAAGACUGGCAGUGACGCAGAGGGCGAUGUCGCUCGAUCUGCGGCCUGCUGCUUCACUCGUUGGGAACUAUGAUGCCUUUGGUGUCGUCCCAGCACGCUAUGUCCUCGCCGUCCUUGGCUCCAUUGGCAUGGCCAUAGUCUACGGGUUGAAGGUCAAUCUGUCGGUGGCGCUAGUGGGGAUGCUGAACAAAACAGCGAUCAAAAUAGCUCUGGGCAAUAAGAGUCAUGACGAAACUUUAUUUAAGAACCUGUCAGUGAUACCCGACGAUGAGGAAUGCCAGCCAACUGGUGGAUCUAAUAGAAACGCUACGGAAUUGGUGGGACCGUUCGUUUGGUCAUCCGAAGUGCAGGGAAUCGUUUUGAGUUGCUACUUCUGGGGUUAUUUCGUCUCCCAAAUACCUGGGGCUAGAGUAGCAGAACUUUUCUCGGCGAAAUGGGUGAUGUUCUUCAGUGUAGCCAUCAACGUGGUUUGCACAUUGCUCACCCCGGUGAUGGCAGAGGCACAUUAUAUUGCCGUUGUAAUCAUGCGAGUCGGAGAAGGCAUAGGUGGGGGAGUAACAUUUCCAGCGAUGCAUGUCUUGUUAUCAAAAUGGGCGCCUCCAGCUGAACGAAGUGUCAUGGCGGCGUUGGUUUACGCGGGAACUUCUCUUGGUACUGUCAUUUCUAUGUUGAUGGCUGGCGUUCUUACUGCUAAUGUUGGUUGGGAGAGUGUUUUCUACGUGAUGGGUGGUCUGUCGUGCGUCUGGUGUGUGCUUUGGGUGAUCUUAGUCCAGGACUCACCCCAGCAACAGCCACUUAUCAGCGCGGAAGAGAGAAGCAUGAUCGUGAGCUCGCUGGGCGGAAAAACUAAUGACAAAUCCCAUAAGAAAUUACCUGUACCUUGGAGUAAGGUGCUCAAGUCACCCCCGUUCCUGGCGAUCUUAGUGUCGCACGCGUGCUCCAACUGGGGCUGGUACAUGUUACUUAUCGAGACACCUUUCUAUAUGGACCAAGUACUCAAGUUCGACAUGACCGAGAAUGCGGUCAUAACUGCUCUCCCGUUCCUUUCCCUGUGGAUUUUCAGUAUUGCUCUGAGCAGAACCUUAGAUUGGCUUCGUUCUAAGAACAUUAUCACAACUACUACAGCUAGAAAGAUUGGCACUCUGUUCGCUUCACUGGUACCGGCAGCCUGUCUACUGGGGCUAUGCUACAUCGGGUGUAACCGCGCUGGCGCCGUGGUGCUGAUGGCCGUGGGCAUCACCAGCAUCGGCGGAAUGUUCUGCGGAUUCCUUUCUAAUCACAUCGACAUUGCUCCUAACUUUGCCGGCACCCUGAUGGCGAUGACAAACACGGUGGCUACCAUCCCGGGAAUUGUGGUCCCCAUUUUUGUUGGAAUCCUGACCCACGGGAAUCAAACUAUUUCGGCUUGGCGUGUCAUAUUCUUCGUGACAAUUGGACUCUACAUUAUUGAAAUUAUAGCGUACACUUUAUUCGGUUCUGGGGAAGAGCAGUCUUGGAACAAAGUGACAGAAAAUAAAGAGGACUUUGAGGUGAAGCCUCUCAAGAACGAAAAGACGCACGUCUAAAUGAUUAUCUGUGAUCAUUAGAUUGUUUCGAUACUUAAAUCACUUUAUGGUUACUUAAUGAUCGCGUUGGAGUCCACGUGUCUCUCGGUACCUAUCUAAGAAAGUUUAAAUGAUAAAGAAUAAAUAAAAGACUGUGGACAAAUUACACACGGUCAUCUGACCCUGAACUAGUAUUCCCUGUACUAUGGGAAACAGAGACUGAUACAUGCAUAUUACAUAAUAUUAUGUUUAAAAAUGUACUUAUUGGAGGAAAAAGUGAUUUUUAUAUCGUAGAGUUUAUACAAAUAUUUUCAUUUGAUUAUUUCCAACUAAUAAAUUAUGUAAUAUGUUAUGACUAAGAUUGACGGUAGUUAAAUCAAAUGUCGACGCACAACACUUUAAUCGUCUGUGACCACGAAAUUGUACUCGCAAUUGGAAAUAGUAAAAUGAACAUUAAUUAACGCAAAAUUUAAAAGUAAAAUACUAAUAUUGGUACUUACGUAUUAACGCCACCGCGGCAAAAAUUCUAUUAAAAGCCGAUAAAAGCAAUCUUUAAGUUUUUAUAUAGUAGCCUUAUUGUUUGUACGCAGCAACUUGUUAUUUAUUUGCGCACGAAGCUAUCUUUUGGUUUUCUUAUUGUUUCCUAAUUUUUAGCUGAUUUUUGAGGUUAAGUUUGAAUCCGCCUUAUCUCCGGCGCUGCGGGAAGAGCAGCCCUUCCGCCCUUGCGUGCCGAAGCACGGUCAUUCGUGCUCCGCUUCGUAGCUUCGGAUUGCUGGUCCAGCCUCAGCCGCUCCGUCUCGCACUGUUUCCGUGCUCCGUCACAGCGGGCGAGGACUGCUCCUCCCUCCGCGCCUCUGGUUUUUAUAUACACUCUAGGGGUAGGGCAGACAAGACCAGGUGGAAAGUGGGGUGCUCUGAUUCGCUUUUCCAUAUUUUUCGAAUAUUUAUGCAAUUUUAUUACCAAAACACGAGCAAUUUUACUAUAAUAGAAUUUUUGCCGAGGUGGCGUUAGUACGUAAGUACCCUAAUAUUUAUUUAUUUGAUCAACUGUUAAAACGCUUUUAAAAAUAAAAUAAAUUGACACUACCUUUGAUGCAUUUUAUCACUAUAAUAUGUAUUUAGUUUUAUUGAUUUAUAUUUCGGAUUAAAUUUAACAAAAUAACAAUUUUAAUGUAGUUUUUAUAUUUGUCAUUUUAUAUAACGUUAUAGCGUUAUAUUAAACAAAAAUAAAAAUACAAAUUUAAACUACUACUACGAUUUAUCUCACGUUUUUUAUUGUCAUUAUAUUAUUUCCGAUGUUACGAAUAUUUUACAGUACAGAAAAAAACACACAAAAAUAAAUAAUACUAGCUGACCCGGCAGACUUCGUAGUGCCUCAAUCGAUAAAUAAAACACCUAAACUUUUGUAUAAAAUAAACUUAAAACAAACAAAAGGAAUCCGUCCGACGGGGGACAGACACAUCAAAGGAAAAACAAAAUUGUUAUUUUUAUUUAAUUCCGAUCAUUUUUAUAUUUAUCUACCUUUUAAACCUUCUCUGGACUUCCACAAAUAAUUCAAGCCCAAAAUUAGCCAAAUCGGUCUAGCCGUUCUCGAGUUUUAGCGAGACUAACGAACAACAUUUCAUUUAUAUAUAUAUAUAUAUAUAUAUAUACUAAGCUAAAAAUUGCAUUUAUGAACCUGGCACUCAGUUGUCUACCAAAUAUUAUCUCGAUUAUUUAGUAAUUACAGUACAUCUGAAGUACAUAAUUAUCUAAUUAACUGUACAUUUCAAUAUAUUUAAUAAAUAAUAAAUAAAGUGUUUAUUUGUAACGCCAAAAUAAAAGCUAAGCUUACUAAACGCUUAGUUGAAGUUUUAUAUGCGGCACUUUUCUUUCUUUUUUCUGUCUGCGUGUUUGUUUGAUCUGCCUUAAUUCGGCUGGACCGAUUUUGACGGAGCCUCAAUUGACAGAUAGCUACUAUUGACAGAUGUUAUAAGGAGUAAUUUAGGUUAGAUUUAUUAUAGAAAAAAAGAGCUAAAUCUGAUUUAAAUAAAGAAAUCUUUUUUUUUUAUAUUUUUAUUUAUCACAGCUAACGGUGACCGUACUUAGUUAGUUAUUAAAAUAAAAAUAUAACUGACUGAAAGAAUUGUUAUUAUUUUAUUUUUAAACAAUAAUUACAAUCUGAUUAUAAUCGAAUUACUAUUUUAGGUAUAAAGAUGGUAGUGUUAGUUAGAAUAUUCCAAAAGAAACUGAACAGUAUUCUGUGAAUAUUCGUUCGUGUCUCUACUUAAAAUUGAAUAGGGACUCUAUUUAAAUCUUCUUUAAGAAUAUUAAGUAGAUUUAGUUUCGUAAGAUUUUAAAUUGUUUAUCGGCAUUUUUAAUGUUAAGCUUUUUAUAAUUAAAAUCUAUGAAUAAACACAUCAUAUUUAUGAGUUUGUAUCAAACGCUAUGCGCUUAACAGUGUGUUUAUUAUCUAUGGAUACGUCUGUACUUAUUCGAAAUGAUAUUUUAAUAAAUCAUGUGACUUGAA